AUGGCCGCCCUACCAAGGCGGAUGCCUAUGGUGAAGAGUCGCGCAUUUCAGCUAACCACAGAGGAGGCUCGAGCUGCACCAGACAUCGUGGCUGGGAACUUUCUGGUCAACGGUAUGCUAGCUCAUGUUCUUUUCGAUUUGGGAGCUACCCGAUCAUUCGUAUCUCUUUCACUUAGCAAGAAGUUACUGGAUGCUCCAAGGACUUUGGAUUCCCCGCUGGAGGAUGAGAUUGCUGAUGACCACACCAUGAGUGUUGCUAGGGUAUAUCAGGGUUGUGUCUUGAAUAUUCUUGGGGAGACGUUCUGCAUUGAUUUGGUUCCAAUACCAUUGAGAGGGUUGAAGGUGAUCGUUGGGAUGGCCUGGUUGGGGGCCAACAGGGCGAUGAUAGACUGCGAGCGCCAGCUGGUGAGAGUUCGAACCCCAAGUGGCAGGAGAACUGGUUAUUCAUGGGGAGAUGGCCUCGCAGGGACCAGCUCUCUGUUCGACUGUGAGGGCUAG